AUGGGCGGUGUAGAAAAAAUAGCAGAAAGACGCGUUUUUGCUGUUUCUGAUAAAAAACGGACAGUGAAACGCAUCUUGAAGUCAUUAAGAAGCACAAUUGAGGAUAUUAUGGAAUUCAAGCACUAUACAGUAAACCAUAGUGUUAAUUUUAAAGAUCCGGAAACUGGCGUCUACACGAACACUAUAGAAAGAACGUGGAAUAGCUUCAAACUUCAAAUUACAGCACGAGCGAGAACAAGGAAAGACAUGGAGAAGCGUCUGUGGAAAUUUGCCUAG